AUGAAUAAAAAUUUUCAACUAAUUUUAUUUAUCAUUUUGAUUAACUUAAAGUUUUUCAUUGAUGGAUUAAAGGUUUUAAAUUCAACAUUAACAUUAAAAGAUGGGACAAAUGUUUUCGGGGCUGUAUUAUAUUUUGCAGUUAUAGAGUUGGAACUUGAUUCUUAUAUUUAUAAAUAUGAUGCAUUGGCAUGCCCAAAUUAUCAAUGUUCAACAGUUAAUACAACCAAAGAUUGUUCAUGUGAUUAUACAAAUUUUAGUGAUUGCCCAAAGACAGCGAAUCGAGAUCCAAGCUGUUCAACAUGCCCAAUUCCAACCGUUGAGUAUUGUCCAUCAAUUAAUAAUUGGGUUACAGUUGAAAAAGAUAUCGAUUACAUCUUUGAAACCAAUCAAACAAUGUACCUACGUUACAAAGGAAAUUCAUCAAUAUGUGAAGGUAUAAUGGCAAGAUCAUAUCCAAUUAAAGGUUUUCAUAAUUUAAAAGGUGGAUCAUCACCAUUAGAAUAUUUACAAAGAAGUCUAUCCAAUUAUAGACCACAAAUCUAUGGUGUAAUGAAUUUAUGCCCAAGUGAUAUUGAUAGUUCAGGUAUGAAAUCAUGGACCCAAGAUACAUUUUUUUUUACAAUUAAACCAUUUGGAAAUACUGAUGGAAGAAAUGUAAGCCUUUCUUUUAGAAUAACUUCAAAAGAGGUUUCAAGUGAACCAAUUAUUACCGAUUCAUGUACUUCUCCAUUUCCAGCAACUCACAGAUGUAUUUAUGAUGGCGAAUUUAUAAAUGAAAAAAGUGAAGCAAGUAGUUAUCACUUUUUUGUUUUCAAUGCAACAAAAUCUGCAAUCUAUACUAUAAGAGCACCACAAUUUGAACAACCUGUUAGAAUUUAUGCAAGUAUUAAUACUCAAUACCCAAAGUUAAAUGGUUAUGGUAAUGAAAGGGCAGAAUAUUCAUCAAUUGACGAAUUUGAAAAUUCAAUUACUAUCUAUUUAAACAAAUCAACUAUUUUAUAUAUUUCAAUUGAAAUUACAUAUAAAACAAACUAUAGUUUAAGUAUUACAUCUCAAGGAUAUUACUUACCUGUUAAUGUAUCAUCAUUACCUCCCAAAGCUGGUGCAUAUGCUUUGGUAAAAUCUUCACAAAUAGAUUUUGGAAAAGGAGUUACUUAUGAUUGUGAUUCUUGGGAUACUUGUCAAAGGUUCUCAGUUAAUUAUCCAUUCACUGAUAGUAAUCCAUUGAAUCCAAUACCAUCAGGACUCUAUUCAAUUCCAAACUUUUAUUUACCACCCUAUCCAUUGUUAGACUAUGAUGAAGAAUUAUUUUUAGCAAAUCCUGUAAAACCAAAAUCAUUUACAAUGUCAGUCCUAGUUGCCUAUAAGUUAGGCAGCAAUGCAGUUACAAAUUUGGAUUAUUUAAGUGAAAUAUCUGCAUCACUUGUUAGAUUUAAAUCAAAUAUCUUUGAUCAAGAUGGAAAUGCAAUAAAUAAUGUGGCAUCUUUAACUCAUUAUGAUUUACCAUGCGAUUAUGAAGAGUUUUCAAUAAUUAAUAAUGCAAUUUUAAAAGGAGAUAAACUAUUAUACGAUGUCACCGAUAUUAAUACUAUCAAUAGAUAUAGCUAUAUGUUAGACUCUUUAACAAUUCGUAAUAGUUGGAUUGGAUGUAAUGCAAAAGCAAAUUCAUUAUUUGAACUUAAUUUUAAAAUAACAAAUUACACUAUGAUUAUAUGUGACAAAAAUGCUUCAACACCAGAGUUUAAUGAAGAUCCUUGUUGUAAUCCAAAUCAAAAAUACUUUCAAUGUUGUAACCCAAAACCAAAAGAAGUAAAUACUGUGGAAUUAAGUGGUCUAUCAUAUGAAACAAUACAAAGUAAAUGUUCUUUUCCAUCAUGUACUGAAUCAGUUUUAUCACAAUUUAAUUCAACCUAUGUAACUUUAGAUUUUUGUGCACUUGAUAAUGGUAUUUAUGAUCAACUAAGAACUAAUUUAAUACAAGUAGUAAGAUCAUGUAAAGAAAAUUCUAGUCCAAUUUGUAUAAAAGAUAGUGAUUGUAUUGACUACGCUGGUCCUGAUGCAGUUUGUGAUUUAAUGGGUCAUACUUGUAUACCAAAUUAUAAAUUUACAGAUUAUAAAUAUUUGAAAUGUGUAUUUAGUCAAUUGGAUCAAGUUACCACCUACAAUCUAUUACACAAACCAUUUUCAUUUAAUAGUAAAAUCAUUGAUGAAAUUUAUGAAAAAUAUCAAAAACAAGAUUGUAUUACAGAGGGUACAUUUUUAUCACAAAGACUACAAUAUCGUUGGGAUUCAAUUGAUGCAAGACUUCAAGAUCCAAAUAAGUUUUAUCCAUCAAGUUAUGGUUUAGAUGAUAGUCAUCCAAUAAUUCAUGAUACAAUGUAUGAUAAAUUAUUUGAUAAUUUCAAAAGAACCUAUUCUUGGUCCUAUUUUGAUUAUUGCACAAAUUUUUCAAUUUGUCCAUGGGUAUACCAAAAUGAUUAUUACUAUGGUUUUUCAAAUGAUCCAAACUCAAAACCAAUAAUGGAUUAUUGUAAUCAAAUUAGUGGUUUUUGUGGUGAUUGUGCAAAUGGUUUAAAAAGUUUUUGUAAUACUUUUGGCUAUAGUGAUCAAAAUAUUUGUGAACAAACAGAUUAUUGUGUAUUAGGUGGAAAUUAUUUAAUGUCCCAAUUGAAUAUGACACAACAACAAUGUGAAUCAUAUGGUAUGUGUUCAGUUAAUUGUGGUUAUCAAUGUUCAUUUUCAAAUCCAACAACCUAUCAAUCAAAUUGUUUUGUUUUAAAUGUAAAUCAAACUCAAUGUACCUCAAUGACAUAUACUUGGGAUUCCAAUUUAUCCGCAUGUAUUGAUACAAUGGCAACUUCAAAAUCUCAAUGUACAAAUCAUCAUUGGUUAAAUUGUACAGAAAAACCAAUCGAUGAAUGUACUGGACCAUUUGGAACAUUAUUUAAUUAUUGUUCAUUACAACCAAUUGUUUGUUCAACUAAAGAAGAAUGUGAAAAUGCAGGAGUUUGUUCAGAUUCUUAUUUCUUUAAUCCAACCAAUACUCAAGCCUAUCCAUUUAAUUUAGGAAAAUGUGUACAUGGCCAUGAAACCUAUAGACAAUAUCCUUCAUGUGAAUAUAAUAUUGACGGAUAUAUUGAAAAUGAUAGUCCAAUGGGUUGUUUCUCUUAUACUCCUCAAGUAUUAACAAAAUCAGAUUGUGAAUCAUUGGGUUCAAAUUAUACAUGGUGGCCACCUGCAACAAAUAAAAAAGAUUGUUUAAAGAAUAUGGGAUGUAAAGUUUAUGCAACAACUACUAAAACUGAUAUGUUACCAUACAAUAUCAUUUUUAAUCAAAUGAAUCAAGAUGAAUGUUUAGGUUGUUAUGGUUCUCAAAAUGAAUAUACAAAUAAAUUUGAAUGGACACCAGCAACUUGGUUACCAGCUGCAUUAGUUAAAGGAAAAUGGUAUACACCAGAUCCAAUCACCAAUCAAUUUUGGACACCAAUUAAUAAUUUAACAACAACACUUGAUUAUGGAAAACUUUAUGAUGAUUUAGUUUUGGCAGUAGAUUCUCAUAUGACAGAUCAAAUUCGUUCAUCAUACUUUUGUAGAACUCAACGUUUUAGAGAUAAUUUAGAUUCAAUUGCAUGUAGUUGUGCUGAUACUGGUGGUUAUCGUAAUUCAACAUGUUUCAAGGAUUCAGCAUUGCUAUUUGGUCAAGUGAAACCAUGUUCAUCAAAGUCUGAAACAUUUAAUUUCCCAAAUGGUUAUAUUGAGAUUUCAAAUUCAUCAGUAGAGGUUGGUUGUGGUGAUAUGUUGAUCUUUCAACUAUCUAGAGAAAUUUUCAUUUCAACAGAAGGUCAAUCAUUCCCAUCCAAUUUUGUAUCAUAUCCAAAACCUGAUAAUUUUGGUUUAUUUAAUAAUAAUAGUGCAAUUGUUGGUACAAUCAUUGGUGAUGGGUUAACAAUUGAAUCGAAAUCAAUCAAUCGGAUUUUAUUAUGUUUCCUUUAUUCAGGUAAUCCAGAUGAAAAGAAAUAUCCAAUUUUAGAUUUUGGAUGUCAAGAUCAAGAUACAGGUAUACUUCAUCCAAUGGGAUUAAAUGUAUUUAUAGAAACUCAACAAAACCUUGAUUUCCUUUGCUCAAAUAUAACUCAUUUAGAUUCAAAACAAAAUUAUUUCCCAAUUAAUCGUAUUGGUAAUGAAGAUUGGAGAAAUGUUGAAAAGAAAUAUUUUGAUCAAAAAACACUUGGACUACUUUAUACAUUGGCAGCAAUUUAUUUGGUGGUUUUAGUAUAUGGAUUCUAUCAAUUGAUAAUAGUUGCAAUUAUUAGAUUUAAAAAAAUAAUUCAUAGAUUUGAAUUGGUUCAUUUGUUAUUGUUUAUGAUUUUUGUAUUCCUUUUGGUUAGAACCAUUUAUUUCUUUUUAUUACCAAGUGGAAAACUUUCAAAUAGUGCAGUUGCAGAUUAUAUUUUAGUGGUUUUACCAACAUUCUUUUAUUUCAGUUGUUUCACAAUCAUUAUUGUUCUUUGGUAUGUUAUUGUAGUAUUGGUAUUAAAGAAUAAUUCAGCAUCAAAUUUUUCCAAUAGAUUAUUCUCAAUGGUUGGUUUGGUUAAUUUUAUAAUCUAUUUAUUAUUGGUUGCCAUUGUUUUAGUAUUCCAAUAUACCAAAGAUUCACCACAUGAAUUUUGUGGUUCCAGAAUUAUUUUCCAUGUAUCUACAAAUAAAAGUCAAAAAACAGUCUCCAUACUUUAUGCGGUUAUUCAAGCUGUAAUUUCUUUAGUGCUCGGUGUUGCAUUCAUUUAUUUAGGCGGUAGUCUUUAUAGAGCAAUGAGAGCCGCAAGUCAAGGUGCUAAAAAAGGAGGUUUAGAUAUAAAGAAAGCUCACUCUAGAGAAUUAAAAAUAUUUUUAUUAACUACAAUUUGUAGUACUGGUUUCUUACUUCAUUGUUUAUUCAUUAUCAUUUUAGUUGCAUUAAAUGAACCUUCAAUAGUUUUCAGUUUUAUUGGUUUAAUAAUUACUGAAAUAAUACCUUCAAUAACAAUUCUAUAUUGUUAUGAUCAAAGAACUAGUUUAUCAUUAGAUAUCACUUUAUCUU